GGCGGCCCGAGUGGGGCCCGGCGGGCGUGAGCGCGGGGGAGCGCGCUGCCUGCAUGCGCGGAGCUCUAGCCCCGGGCGGCCGCCGCGGCAGCGCCGGAUCGGAGGCAGCCGGACGUGGAGAGGAGCGCGGAGCCCGGAGGCGCCCCGGGUCCGCGCUGGACCAUUGUGACUGUGUAGCGCUCGGGUGCGCUGCGAAGACGAGGACCGGACUCUUUUGAAUCUCCCGGCAUCUGGGCGCGGGGCGACUCUCGGUAUUUUCUAACUCAACUCGUGGAUUGGAACGUGGCUCCGCUCUGAGCGCGGCCGGCGACUUGUAGGAGCCCAGCCCUGGCUGCGGCCGCCGCGCACGCCCUCGGAAGACUCGGCGGGGUAGGGGCACGGGCUGGCCGCGAGAGUCUCCGCGUGCAGAGCGGGCGGGCCGAGGGCUGAUUGGAGGGACUCCCCGGAGAAGCGAUUUGGGAUUUGUUGCGAACAGCAUGGAGGAGAAUGACCCCAAGCCCAGCGAAGCGGCAGCGGCGGCGGCGGCGGCGGCGGUGGAGGGGCAGCGGCAGCCGGAAUCCAGCCCCAGCGGCGGCUCGGGCGGCGGCGGCAGCAGCCCGGGCGACGCGGACACUGGCCGCCGGCGGGCUCUGAUGCUGCCCGCGGUCCUGCAGGCGCCGGGCAACCACCAGCAUCCACACCGCAUUACCAACUUCUUCAUCGACAACAUCCUGCGGCCCGAGUUCGGCCGGAGAAAGGACGCAGGGACGUGCUGCGCCGGCUCCGGAAGAGGCAGAGGCGGCGGAGGCGGCGGCGAAGGCGGCGCGGGCGGCGCGGAGGGAGGCGGCGGCGCGGCCGGCGCCGAGCAGCUCCUGGGGUCGGGCCGGGAGCCCCGGCAGAACGCGCCGGGUGCGCCGGGUGCGGGCGGGCCACUGCCCGGCGGUGGCGGCGGCGACUCUCCGGGUGACGGCGAAGGCGGCUCCAAGGCGCUCUCGCUGCACAGCGGCGCCAAGAAAGGCGGAGACGCCGGGGGCCCCCUGGACGGGGCGCUCAAGGCCCGCGGCUUGGGCGGCGGCGACCUGUCUGUGAGCUCAGACUCGGACAGUUCGCAGGCCAGCGCCAACCUGGGUGCGCAGCCCAUGCUCUGGCCGGCUUGGGUCUACUGCACGCGCUACUCGGACCGACCUUCUUCAGGUCCCAGGUCUCGCAAACCAAAGAAGAAGAACCCCAACAAAGAGGACAAGCGGCCCCGCACGGCCUUCACGGCGGAGCAGCUGCAGAGGCUCAAGGCCGAGUUCCAGACCAACAGGUACCUGACGGAGCAGCGGCGCCAGAGCCUGGCCCAGGAGCUCAGCCUCAAUGAGUCACAGAUCAAGAUUUGGUUCCAGAACAAGCGCGCCAAGAUCAAGAAGGCCACGGGCAACAAGAACACGCUGGCCGUGCACCUCAUGGCGCAGGGCCUAUACAACCACUCCACCACCGCCAAGGAGGGCAAGUCGGACAGUGAGUAGGGGGCGGGCGCCAAGCCCAGUCUCAGUCCGAGCUAAACAAUGCAAUAAUUUAAAAUCAUAAAUAAAGGGCCAGUGUAUAAAGAUUAUACCAGCAUUAAUAGUGAAAAUACCGUGUAUUAGCUAUGGUUCUGCAAUAUUCUGUGUAUAUAUAAUUUACAGGAGGUGUAAAAUCCAAAAUAUCUGACUAUAAAAUAUUUUUUGAGUUUUCUUAUGUUUAUGAGAUUAUGCUAAUUUUACGAUUUUUUUUUUUUUUGCGAAGGGGGCUGCGUAGGGUUUCAUCUUUUUUAAUCCCCUAAGUUCCUUUAUGGGACAUCGGACACUUUUUUUCUUUUUUUUAAUUUCAAAAGGAGAAAAACAUUAAAACAACUUGCUGAAGUCCAAAGAUUUUUAUUGCUGCAUUUCACACGACUGUGAACCGAAUAAAUAGCUCCUACUUGGUCUAUGAGUUCUGCCACUUUGUUCGUGUGGGCUUGGCGAGGGCAGCAGGAGGGGCCGCAUCCCCGGCCUCGCCCUCGCCACCCGGCAGUCGGCGGCGAAGGGGCCCUGGCGGGGCGGCGGCUGGAGGCUCGGCACCCCCCAAGCCUGGACCUGCCGGGCUGCCUGGGCCAAGGGGCCCACGGCCGGCUCCCCCCUCCCCGCCUCCUGCCUUCCCUCCUGGUCCUCCAGUCUUCCGGUCCUCCUCCUCGCCGAGGCCUGGCCCGCGCCUCCCUGCGUGCUUCCGUCUGCGUCUGUGUCGCUGUCCCCAGUCCAGCCGCCCGCCGCCAGCGCCAACUCUCCCGCCUCCGGGCACCGCUCCGGGGCUCAGGGCCGAGGGGCCGGGUAUGUGGCCGGAGGCCCGCGGGCGGUGAGGCCACCCCACCCCUCCAGGCCUGGGCCCGGAGACUCCCCUGCAGCUCCAUCAGCAGCCCAGGGGCCGCCUGGGCCCCCGAAACGCGGCCGAGGUCCGCGGCCUCCGUCUCUGGCCGGCAGAGGCCUGGAGAGGGAGCUGGCAUUUCCUCCCUUCCUUUUUUCUUCUCUUUCUUUUCUUUCUUUCUCUUUUCUUUUCUUUUUUCUUUUUUUUGUAAAGUGGCCGCUUCUGCUAUAGAGAGCACUCUUUCAAGGUAAAUACGUGUGUGUGUGUACGUAUAUAUACAUGCUCAUAUACACACACACAAGCAGACGUGUAAGAGUCCACAAUUCUGGAACAUGUGGCUACCUUGACUUUUAAAGGAACUCAGAAUUCUCCAGGAUCUAGACGAAGGAAGAAAAUGUGUAAAUAAUCAUUUCUUAUCACUUUGUGUCUUUUCUUUGUUUUUUUAAAAUAUACAUUUUAUUUUUUGAAGGUGUGGUACAGUGUAAAUUAAAUAUAUUCAAUAUAUCCCCAUCAAGUACAUAUAUAUAAACAAACACAUUAUCUAUAUCUAUAUAUAUAACUCCACGCUGUCUUCUGUUUAGUGUAUGGAAAAAGAAUUGUGUCCAAAUGUCCAUCUGCACUGGGACAGCCCAGGGGGUGUACCCAUGGCUGAGCCAGGAGUCAUGGCUCUGCCCCUGAGGACUGAGGGUGAACUUCUCUCUUUGCCUUAAACCUCUUUAUUUCACUGCGAUAAUAGUUUCACUUUGUACAUACUAAUGUAAACCUUUUUAAAACAAAAACUAUAAAAGCAAAAGUUGUAAUUUAAAAUUCUGUGAAUAACCAUCUGCUGCUUAGGAAACUCAAUGAAAUGAUAUGCCUUUUUAGCAGGAAGCAAAGUUUUUUGGUUUUUUAUUUUUUUAUUUUUUAUUUUUUAGUUUAUAAAACAUGUGCGUUUUAUAGUUCCAGUAGCAAAUAUUUAUAAUCUUAUAAGAAAUGAAUGUUUCUAUUUACAACUGUGGUUAUCAAAAUUGUGAACAUUCCCCCUGCAUUUUUGUGUGUUUAAAUUCUUGAAAGUUACAUUAAAUAAAAAAAAAACCAAAACGCUUUAUUGUAAAAUACUGGAUGUCCAAGGUGUAAUGACUAGUUUUUUUUUUAAGUGUGUUUCUGAGUCCAGCCAAACUACCCUGGGCAUCCUCCCCAGUGCUCAGGUGUUCAUGGUCUUCGCCUCUGCCAGCAGGUGUGCACAUGCCUACCUUCGUAGCCAGAAGCGUAAUUUUUUUUUUUAAAUAAUGAAGACACUUUGGAUAGCUCAUGUGAAUACAGAACAACCAAAGUAAUUUAAGUACACAUUUCUUUACCAGAAGGAUGUGUUCCAAAGUACAGUGCUUUUCCGUUGAAUAAAGAUUUAAAAUCCUGCAGGACUCAACAGGUCUCCGUCCCCCUGGCUGCUCCUCAGCUGGACAGAGGCGCUCACCCGCUGCGGAGAGGAACUGUUAGUUGACCUGAGGCAAAGAGGCUCUCCCCUUUUACGUUUGAUUGUUGUCUUUAGCCCCAAAGCAACGGACAUGGACAACAUCCCAAGGUGGAUGCCGGGAAAGGACCGGCUUUGCUGGAGCUGACCGGAUGCCUCUGCUGGAAGCGGUUGGGAUUUUCGAUCUCGGGACCCGCAACCCACUUGGCCACGCAGGACAGCCGACGUGCGCCCUGCGCACUCAACUGCCCUAUUUCCAAACUUUCUUGGCUUAAAAAAGUUUUAUUCUCCCAGAAGAAGAAGCUCAGAGACUAGAGAGGAUCAUCUGUUCCAAAGGUGACCUUUUAGGCAUUUCAGUUCCACACCGGCUUCCCAAGAGGAAGGACGCUGGGCCUCCCGGCAGCAGCUGAGCCGCUCCCAGGUUUUGCAAAGACACGUUCCUCACUGCGGAGGCUCCAGAGCUCCAGCUGCCUGGUCCCAGGAGCAUUAAUGAGGCGGGAUCACGCCAGCCAUCCCCAGCGUCUUCCCUAGCCACCACCCCACCCCUGCACAGA